UUGCCAAGGUUCUAGGGAAAGGCCCUUGAGUUAGUGAAGGAUCACUUGUGCCUUGUGAGAAUCAGAAAUGGCUUCAGGGGAUUCACGAAGGUCCUUCCUGGAAACUACCACUCACUGACUGAAGGUUCAGAAUGGCUGAAAACGGGCAGGACGUAAUCAGACUCUGCUUCCAACGGGCCUGGGGGAUGAAGGCUGUUGGCAUCUUGGCCCUGAUUAUCAGCCUCAGCAUAGUUGCAGAAUCCAAAGUCUACACCCGAUGUAAACUGGCAAAAAUAUUUGUGAAGGCUGGCCUGGACAAUUACGAGGGAUUUACCCUUGGAAACUGGAUCUGCAUGGCAUACUACGAGAGCCACUACAACACCACAGUCCGGACUUUCCUGAAGGAUGGGAGCAUUGACUAUGGCAUAUUCCAGAUAAACAGCUUUACGUGGUGCAGAAAUGAGAGAAGACAACAGAAGAAUCACUGCCACGUUGCCUGCGCAGCCUUGCUCACUGAUGACCUCACAGAUGCCAUUCUCUGUGCCAAGAAAAUUGUUAAAGAGACACAAGGGAUGAACUAUUGGCAGGGCUGGAAGAAACACUGCGAGGGCAAGGACAUGUCUGAGUGGAAGAGAGGAUGCGAGGUGUCCUGAUUCGGAGCAGGGGCAAGGACGCUUUGCUGUGACUCCCCAGAUAUGUAAUGAGUAUGUAUCCCUCACAGUAUCCCUUCUCAAAGUUGGAGAGGGAUCCCAAGCGGUAUUUUAAAGGAAAUAAAUAUUUCCAUUUAUAUGUCUUCA